AAUAUUGUAGUAGGUACAUUUAACAGCGCAUCAGAAUAUUACGUGGAACCUUUUCAUUACUUAUGAAUUUAUUUCACAUGUAGUUUGAUACGAGCUUUUUGUUUAUAAUCAGGUUCCAUAUAAAAAGGUCGGUCUCCUCUCUACCGUAGCCACAAACAUUUCCACCUCCGCUUGUUCCCUGAAAUAUUUGCACAAUACUUUCUCCGAGCAGAGAACGUAACUCGUACAAGAAAAUUAAGCUUGUUUAAUUAUGUAACUCGUGUGUGCUCGCCCUUAGCUCCGAUCUGCAACUUGGGUUUUAGGCACGUUUUCAUGUAAUUAAAAGAUGUUUGCAAUUGUCUUGUUAUUAUCAUUAACUGCUGAAUGUAAACCUGCCAAAGUUUAUACUUUCAGUAUUACUCAUUAUUUUUUAAAAAUAUGAAAUCAGUAAGGCACACUUUAUUAUUGUCUAGGCAGAAGAAGAAUUGUAUACACUCAAAGUCUUAAAUAUUCAUAAUUUAUCUAAGCUAUUAAAAUAGAUAAAUUCAAUAUGAAGUCAAGUGAAAUACUCGAGGUAUGUACCUAUGUAGGAAAAUAGUGAAAGUACCGUUAAUAGGUCACGCUAUGGCGUUUUAACAAAUUAUGAUCUUGAUCCAGAUAAAACUACCUAUUACCUAAGCCCUUCAUAAUGAAAAUAGUAACUUGCACGAACAUAGUAAUUAUCAUAUUAAAUUUUAACAAAACAAAGUGCAUAAAACAAUGCAGAAUUCAAGCAUUUUUAAAAUUAUGCAGCACAAAAUAUGCAAACGGUUGUGACACAGUGGUGUUUUGAUGGAGUUUUCGUUUCAUUGUUUUAACAAAACAAUUCUAGUCUAUCCCACCUACCCAGUUCUAUCCACACAGUGCCAAAAUGAGGAACUAUAACAUGUUAUACGAGAAAGCUAUCCAAGUGACGCUGGUUCAAAAUGAGUUAUACUAUCGGCGAAUGACACCAAUUUACACUAUAUCGACGAAGAAAAAGGAGGCAACGUCGAAAUCAUUUGCAAACAAAGCGAAGGAAUAUUUUGUUGUGUAUCUACAGACGGCUUCGUUCCACGGGUUCGGGCAUCUCGUCGCUCCUGGGAGACAUCCUUUAGAAAUCAUCCUCUGGCUAGUCUUCCUCGGCCUGUCUAUCUUCGGUUCCGUCUUCCUCUCCUCGUCCACGCUGGCCCGCUACCAGCACUCGCCCGCCGUGGUGUCCAUGGACCGCGACAUGCUCGCGUGGAACACCAGCUUCCCCGCCGCCACCGUGUGCCCCUCGCCUGGCAUCGAUCAACAACUGCUGAAGGUCUAUGUCAGAGAUAGUCCCGAACCUGACAAGGAGAUGCUGGAACAAUUUAUUAAAGCUUUGGCCAACUCUUCCUACAUAAACUUCGAGUCUAUUCCACUAUACGAUGGCAUUCCAUCAGACCAUUUCAUGGAUCUGAUCUUGAAUCUGUCAGUUUCCUUCAAACCAACCCUGGCAGUUGGUGAUACGGGAGCCAUCCUAACUAUGCAACCAACUAUUACGGAAAUGGGUUUAUGUUACACGAUAAAUUCUGAAGUUGCGAUAUACAAUUCACCAAAAUACCGUGCUGAGAACCGUUGGGAUACAGCUAUUAACAGUAAUGUGACGACACUUCUAGUGCACCCACUCGAUGGAGACGUGUUUCUGCUGAUAUCAAACAUGUCUUCUUCUUUUACUGCUUGCAUUCAUGGCCCGCUGGAAGUCCCCGACAUAGCAAACACAAAGUGUUACUUUGCGUUAGAUGGUUUCUAUCUGAAGCUGUAUGUGACGGCCUUCACGAUUUACACCUCGGCUGAAGCUGCUAAAUUAAGCGUGCUUCAAAGGAAAUGCCGGUUUUCUCACGAGAACAAUCUGGAACACAACUCGAUCUAUUCGUACAACAUGUGUCGCAUGGAGUGCCGCAUCAGGUUCGCGCUGCAACACUGCGAAUGUAUUCCACAUUUUUAUCGACGGAUAGGCGACGAAAAGGUAUGCGAUGUCGCUGGCCUUCAUUGUUUGGGACGACACAAAGUGGAAUUGUUAACUUUAAAGUUUUCACCAACGGAUCCUGUAACAUGCGAUUGUCUGCCAAUCUGUGACGAUGUCAACUACGCGAUUCAAAGUAAAGUACAUCAGAAAUGGUCGCUCAGCGGGACUCAGCUCCAGUGGGGCAUCAACACGUACCCGCGGAUGCGGUUUAGAAGAGACAUCAUUUUCGGAUUCACUGAUUUACUUGUUGCGGUGGGCAGUAUGGCAGCUCUAUUUUUAGGAUGCAGCGUGUUGAGUUUUUUAGAAAUAAUCUAUUUUCUUACACUCCGUUUAUUUUUUUACAUUAAUGGAUGGAAAUAAAUAAUGACCGAAUGCGAUUGACUGAUUUGUAAUGAAACGAAAUGGCGGCCAACAAUUAAUUAUUGAGGGAAACAUUACAUCGUGUGAAAUGCGACAUAUUAUUUUCAAAUAAAUCUCUAUUAGUCAA